AUGAAGGUGCGGUCUGGUGAGAACCGUUUUCGCCCUCACUGGUUGGGUGCACUGCGCGGGGGGUCUAGAGGCGCGCAUAACUCGGGGAAGAUGUUCAGCAUCGUGCAUCUGGAGUAUUUCUUUGGUUUCGGCAUGUUCAUCCUGGGCAUGACCAAGGUAUCGGGCGAGUUGAUUCCCGCGAUGCAUCGGGAGUUCGAGCGCGACUACAACCGCUGGGCCGAGGGUAAGAUGGCGUUCCUGCACCUCACCGGGGAUCAACUCAUGAAUGCCGUCGGGUACAUAGAGGGUGUGGUGGCGUGCUUGGUGAUGAUGGCGCAACCCGGCAACCCCGUGAGGCGGUGGGGGCUCUUCCUCGUCUUCAACACGCUCAUCACAACCUUCCUUCUUCACGUGUUCGAUAAGGACGGGAGGGAGAUGCCCAAUCUGAUAAUGGCGAGCGUGUGCAUAUUCAUCAUCGCGAAUGAGCCGAAGUACCCGUUGGGGGUGCCGCCGACGAUGGUGAAGACUAGGCGGGUCAAGGACCCGGUGAAGAAGGACAAGUAG